GUGGCUCAUAACUCGAAGACCUCAAGACUGACUUUCGGGAUACUGACGUACGAAUAAGUAAACUCCAAGCAGAUGUAAACCAUCUUCAAAAUGAGGAGAGCGAUGAGAAAAAAUUGAAGCAAAUCGAAGAUAAAAUAAGUGAACUGAAACAAUCAUUACUAACUCUACAGUCAGGUUAUUCACAGCCGGGUGUUCAGGUACCUCGAUAUUCAACCGAGCCGGCAGGUGAUGUGUCCUCUGUACUGGCAGGAGUGAUCACAGCGGUUCGAAAUCAUGAUUCAUCGUCGAACAGUGCUCUUGGAACAAUCUGGCGCGCGGACGGGUCACAAAACAAUCUACCGAACGUAACUGUUGUCAAUAUUGGAAUUCGAACGGGUGACCAUCGGUCCACAAUGCAAAUCCCAAGCUCCUCAACAUCGCCAAACGUGUCGAUACAACAAUCGGCGUCGGCGGCAUCGGCGCCAGUUAAUCUGGCAGAAACAAACGUUAUCCACCAAACACAUCGGGACUUCGUAUAUGAUGACUAUUGGAAGGCGUUAUCGCAAAGUGAGCUGAAAAAAGCAAGUCAAUUAACAAGCGAUGAAGAAAGUAUACGAACGGUUCUCUGUCUCGACAUAUCAGAGAGCAUGGCUUCUGGGAACGCAUGGUCGCAGGCCAAAACAUUUGUGAACGAAUUUCUUAAUGGCUUAGAAAUGAUGACAGCUCAAUACGGGCGUUUCGGACUUACAAGGGAGUAUGUCGGCGUAGUUACAUUUGGUCACAAAACGCAAUUACAUCAACUUCCAACGUCAAACUACACGUUGAUUCGGGAGGAAAUAGAUAAUCUUCGAUUGGGUGGACCAAGUCCAUUAUAUUGAGGCCUUUGGUUGAGUGUAGCAGGUGCUAGGUGUUGCAGAGCCCUUGCUGCAACAGGUAGCGGGAUCGUUAUGAGUCCAAGGAUUGUUGUUAUAACAGACGGCAAACCCACGGAAACUUGGUUGAGAGCUGGACCCGACAUCACAACGGAAACAGACAAGG